GGAAUUUCCAAGCUCUCGCGACAGCUUCAACACAGCUUCACAAACAACCCAAUUGACUCCUCGAGGCCAAGCAGAGCAUCAUGGUCAGCCGCAUGCAUACACGUCCCUAGGCUGGCCAUUGGCAUCGCUCUUCUCUCCAUCUGGAUGGCCCUCCGUUUUGGAUCCCUCCUGAUCCAUACACAUACAUACUUCGUGCAUACACAUACACCAUCCCACUGAGGUCCAUAUAAACCAUGCCGCCGCCCCAUCUCCACCCCAGGUCCCGCAUGACCUCGUCCCUGUUUGCGACCACCGUGCUCGCCAGCUUCUUCGUCGUCGCCCUGCCCCACGUCUUACCCUGCCCCGCGCCGCGGAGGGCAUAUGCCGACGGCGAGAUGCCGGCGGAUGCAGCUGCUUGUGUGAAGAGGAAAAGGAAAAGGCGAUUGGACGGUGAGGAUCAGGGGGCUGGUGUUGGGAUUGUUCAGUUCGGCCAAGGAGAAGAAGGGCAAGCUGGCAGGGUGGAUGGAAUUGGGAAUGAGAAUGGGGAGGGCUUGACAAGGGCGAAUGCGGCAUCCAAAAGGCGGGAGUGCCCUGUGCCUAAGCCCGGCGGGAUGCUGGGGGAAUGGCUUGGGUUCAAUGGCACGCGGGAGACAGGUGAAGGGAAAACACGGCCGGAUAGGUGAUAUUGGACUGGUUGAGAAAGAAAAAGUGUAUCAUUAUCAAAGAGAUGGGCGAAGGCAAGGCGAUAUCGACAUCGACACCGAGACGACGGCGGCGAACAUGUAACGCUGUAGAUAUACCUAUAUAUAGUUGGGUGUCUCAGAUCAAAGAAUGAAAGUAGUUUCCCACCGCA